CACUCAGUUCAGGAAGAGGGGUUGAAGUGAGGUGGGGAUGAGAAAUCAUCAGUUAGCUCACUGCUAGCUGCCUAUUGGAGCUGACUGCCGAUGUGUUAUGAGCUUUGUAGCUAACAACAGUAUAUUAUUUUAGUUUUGAUAGGUGCAACGAUGACCCUCUGACACCAAGAAUGGACAUAAGUUAACAAUGACGGGGGAGAAAAAGAAGAAAAAGCGGCUGAACCGCAGCAUUCUUCUUGCAAAGAAAAUUAUAAUAAAAGAUGGAGGAAGUCCUCAGGGGAUCGGUGAGCCCAGUGUUUACCAUGCUGUGGUGGUCAUCUUCCUGGAGUUUUUUGCAUGGGGUCUUCUUACCACCCCAAUGCUCACGGUAUUACACCAGACAUUCCCUCAACACACAUUCCUGAUGAAUGGGCUGAUCCAUGGUGUCAAGGGUCUAUUAUCAUUUCUGAGUGCUCCGCUGAUUGGAGCGCUGUCAGACGUAUGGGGACGCAAAUCCUUCUUGCUGCUAACGGUCUUCUUCACGUGUGCACCAAUUCCACUGAUGAAGAUCAGCCCAUGGUGGUACUUUGCAGUCAUCUCCAUGUCCGGCGUCUUUGCCGUCACCUUCUCUGUGAUCUUUGCCUAUGUGGCCGAUAUCACGCAGGAGCAUGAGAGGAGCACAGCAUACGGUUUGGUAUCCGCAACCUUUGCGGCCAGCCUGGUUACCAGCCCGGCCAUCGGAGCCUACCUGUCUGUGACCUACGGCGACACCUUGGUGGUGAUCCUGGCCACAGCCAUUGCCCUGCUCGACAUCUGCUUCAUCCUGGUGGCCGUGCCGGAGUCGCUGCCUGAGAAGAUGAGGCCAGCAUCAUGGGGAGCACCAAUCUCCUGGGAACAGGCAGACCCCUUCGCUUCCCUACGUAAGGUGGGCCAGGACUCCACGGUGCUCCUCAUCUGCAUCACAGUGUUUCUCUCCUACCUCCCCGAGGCCGGCCAGUACUCCAGCUUCUUCCUCUAUCUCAGACAGGUCAUAGGCUUCUCAUCAGAGACGGUGGCGGCCUUUAUCGCUGUUGUGGGGAUCCUCUCAAUAAUAGCCCAGACGGUGGUGUUGGGGAUCCUGAUGCGCUCCAUAGGGAAUAAGAACACAAUCCUGCUCGGACUCGGCUUCCAGAUCCUCCAGCUGGCGUGGUACGGCUUCGGCUCUCAGCCCUGGAUGAUGUGGGCUGCUGGAGCUCUUGCAGCCAUGUCCAGCAUCACUUUCCCUGCCAUCAGCGCCAUCGUGUCCCGUAAUGCAGACCCCGACCAACAAGGUGUUGUCCAGGGGAUGAUUACUGGAAUUCGGGGCCUCUGUAACGGUUUGGGCCCUGCUCUUUACGGGUUUGUCUUCUACUUGUUCCACGUGGAACUGACCGACACAGACGGCGCUGAGAAAGGUGCCAAACCCAACAUGGCCAACCCCACAGAUGAGAGUGCCAUCAUCCCAGGUCCUCCCUUCCUGUUUGGUGCAUGCUCAGUGCUGCUGUCCCUGCUGGUGGCCCUGUUUAUCCCAGAGCACACGGGGCCCGGCGCGAGGCCCGGCGCCUAUAAGAAGCACAGCAACGGGGCACAGAGUCACUCCCACAGCCCUCAAGGCAGCGGGGCCGAGGGCAAGGAGCCGCUUCUGGAGGACAGCAGCGUAUAACCACAGCUAAGGGGGGCAGACAGCGCUCCAACCCAACACCCCCGCACACAUGGACAGCUACACACAUUUUACCACAUGGACACACACUCACCUCAGGCACACAUCAGACUCAAGUGCCACGAAGAGAUGUUUGUGUCCACGGCACAAAAGUGGGCACUCCUUCCUGAGCAGCCCUUUUUUCAUUUUUUUUAAGCAGGGUAUUGUGAGGACUUUCUAAAGGCCCUGUAUAAAGAGAGUGUGUUGAGGAUUUAUUUUUUUGGGCUGCAGUGGAAAGGUGUGUGUGACUUGGCUGAGCUGAACUCUAAUCCUUGGUUUCUAUUAAAGCAGUAACGGAGAGCAAACAACAGCUUUCCUCCCCUCCUGGUGCAAAACCAACCAAAGUGAUUUGGUUUAGGAGUGAGAGUGGGGUCGAUCUCAAAUGUCACUAAAAUCCCUGUGUGAUUCUUCAUAUUUCUCUGUAGCCAGUGAAGUGGCAACUUUGUCUGUUUGUCCAACAAGGGUGUAACAAACGGUUAGUUGAGCAUUUGUCUAAUGGUCUUUCAUAAGCUAACUUCUGUUGCUUGUGAAUGCAGCUCUGUUAAAGCAUCCAGGAAGGGAACACAGUCCUUCCUCUGACUGCACAGCAGAAAGUGUACACCUGCAAAGGGGAGUCUCUGCAAACCAGUGUUGGGACAGGCGCUGCCUAAUCUAGGUCAGGAUGGUUCAACCAGUUCAGAUAUAAUAAGCUUUGUAAAACCACACUUUGUUGAAACAUCACACUUCUAACAGAUGUGUGUGCGGGAGAGAGACCACUUUAUUAGCUGAAACUGUUUUUCAAUGUUUACUUGCCAUUCUCUAGAUUAGUAGUACAGUUUUGGGUUGUAUAUUUUUCUCCGUUCAAACUGAAGGCUAGUUGUGCUAAAAGUUUUUAUUAAAGAAACAAAUGUUGCCUCAAAGUGACUUAAUAUAUAUAUAAAUAUAUAUAUUAAUUACGCAACCUGUAUGAAGACCGAGGUCUGAGAAGGCUCUGUAAUCUUACGCUAUCGCUCCCAUCGGAGCCGUUCCACACUUUUUAUUCCUUUUUUUUGUUUUCAUGCCCUUCCUGUUGCGUUGUUUCCUGACAUUUAUCACCCUCAUGGUAAAGGCUUACAGAACCAUGGUUUCAUUUUAAAAGCCUCUGGAACAUUUUGGAGCUAGAGAGCGUUGUGAUCAGCGUGUCAGUGUCUGCACUGACUGUUAAUGAGGAGUCUUUGAAUUAAUAUCAUUAGGUUAAACAGAAUAUCAUUCAUGCUGCUGCAGUAGAUGAUUCAAAGGUUAAGUGUGAUGUAAUGAGCAAUGAAACGAUUACACAGGAUCCCUGGCUCUUCAGCUGCCAGACAAACGGUAAACAGGCACUGCACAAACUAUAAUGGACAGAGGGUUGAACAUUUAGAUGUGAAGCACCUCAAGGAAGUGGCUUCAGAGCCGCUCUGUACACGCCUGCGCCACCUAUAGGAAAAGAAGUAGUUCAAAUGUAUAAAAAGAAAAAAUGUUUGUUGCCCCCUACAGGCAAGGAAGUUAACAUCUACUCCCGAGUUUAGUAGAUGUUACAGCUGCCGAUUAUUAUUAUUUUUAAAGCUGUUACGAGUGUUUUUAAAGUUUUACAUGUUGGAGUAAAAAUAUACCAUCUUUAAGUGUCACUCCAGGUUUAAGAUUCAAAUAUAUUCAUUCAUAAAAACAUGGAAAUAACAAUGCUCGCAUCCAAAUCAAGCAAUGGCAAUUACCAAAAUAUAGAAAAUGAAAACGACACAGAACUACAAGGACCUUUCAAACGGCACAACGACAGACUAGGAUUAGAAUUACACUUCACGUCCUUCCUGCUACCCUCCAGUGAAUACUAAAUAUAUCCGCCGCGUGAUUCGGAUGCGCUCCAAAAUGUCAUGAGUUCUUCCUUGGUCCAUGCUACACCCUUCACCAAGUGUUAAGAAAUUCGGGCCCGUCGUUGGAGCACAUCUGUCUGCUGUUACCGUUCCUGCCAAUAGGUGGCGCAGGUUGAACAUGAACUGCUGCAGCUCCAUCAUUGGAAACCUGUUUUGGUGCUUCGCAUCAGUGACACUGUGUUCCCUUUUGUUCACAAACAGCAUGAGCAACUGAUAAAUUAUCCUAAAAGUUAAUUUAUAAAUGCUUCAAGUGCAUUUAAAUGGCCAAAUUACAGCCUGAUACGGAUUAGUAGCUUAAUGCUUUCAUGCUGUUUAACAUCUAUGAAAAGAAAUGUAUGUCAUAUAUUUUGUGCCAAAUUUUUGUUUGCUUUUUCAUGCAGUGUGUGUGUGUGUGUGUGUGCGUGUGCGCUUGCUCACUUGAGUGAUUUUGAAUAUUUUUCUUUGUUUUGUUUUCUCUUGUCUUAAUUUCUGUGGUUGAAGAUUUAAGUUUUAGCGCUAUAUAUUUUUAUAGCUUUUUUUGAAACUUAAAACUUUAUCGAGUCAUUUUUAGUAAUCUUUUCAACAUUCUGGCUACAUGGUGAAUUAUCAAAUGUCCGUCUGUCCAUUUCACAGUCUGAAUCUUCAUUUAACAACGAGCAUUUCAACGUGUUUAGUUACAUUUGAUAUUUCUCCCAGAUUUAUCAGUAGAUAAAAACAGGUCGCUGAAUGUUCCCAGCCGAGCUGCACAUGUUGACCACACUAUACCCUCGACAUUUUGACUUAACCUGUCAGUUAUUAUUUCAGAAGGGGUGUUACUAGGCAGGAUUGGUGUUGAUUUAAUCUCUAAAUAUCAUACUUUCUUCUUCAUUUAUCAUUUAUUGGACCAACACAUUGGUAAACCCGUAAAUUCAGAUCCUACUAAAAUUGGUAAGAUUCUGCACCAGCCCCGUGUGCACGCGUACAGCUUCCAAGCAGACGACUGUAAAUGUACAAACGUCACCUGUACGUACAGCUACUGUAUAUAUUUAUUGCUCAAGGAGACCUCUUGGUCUAUUUGGUUGUAUGGUGCAAUUAUUAUUAUACAUUUCUCAAGACUUACCUGCUAGCCACUCCUGUUUUUAGUACGAUGUGGUUUGUGGCCUGAACCCCCCCCUCUCUGUGUGCCUAAAAUUAGCCAAGAAAUGAGUAUGGCAACAUAAGUAAAUGGUGGUUAUUAUGUAAAUAUUGGAAACUAAUGACAAACUAUUUAUUAAAGGUUUAUUGUACAAUGAAA